AUAAACUGGAGUCUUUGAGCUCAUCUUUAAUCUAUCUUAUUUCCCUUCAUUAUUCCCUUUAAUAUUGAAAGAAAAGGAAUGGAGCUUUGUGGUCCUCACACUCUUCUUGUUCACCUUUCUCUUAAGGUUUCACUUUCUUCUUCCUGUCUAUAAUAUUCUCUCCUAACUUUCCUUUGUUGUUCCAAGAAAUGGAAACAAGCAAAGCUGUAGGGGAGAGGAGCACGAAAAAUAAGAUGAAGGAAGAGGUGGGGUCAGAAGAGGAGGAAGAUGAGGAAGAUAAUGUUGGGUUAGGGUUUGGAGAGGCCGGCAAACAGAAAAAUCAAUCGACUCUAUCCAGUAAGAAAGUAUCUGGAGGAGGUGGAUCAACCCAGCCUUGUUGUCAGGUGGAGAAUUGCACUACCGACAUGACUGAUGCCAAAAGGUACCACCGUCGGCACAAGGUAUGUGAGAUUCAUGCUAAGGCUACAGCUGUAGUAGUUGCCGGACUCCGGCAGCGUUUCUGUCAGCAAUGCAGCAGAUGCACCCUCUGCAGGUUCCACGAACUAUUGGAGUUCGAUGAAGCUAAAAGGAGUUGCCGAAGACGGUUGGCUGGACACAAUGCGCGUCGCCGCAGAAGUUCAUAUGAUUCUCAUGGGGAAGGGUCAAGCUGAGAAGGAAAUGACUCAGCUGAAGGCAAACCAAUUACGAAUGAAAAGGAAUAUUCAGAUAACUCUCUCAGGAAAUGCCUCCAGCUAGCAUUUUACUUAUCAGCCGAGAUUUAACUUUGUGAUCACCAGCAUGCUCUCUCUCUUCUGUCAAUCCUUGGAUUUCUUCUUGUUGUUUUUUAGUUCUACGUAGUCAAGUAUUGUACGUAUAACAAACCAGACAGCAUAAAAGCACUUUGACCAUUUAUUUCGGUACUGUGUUCUGGUGAUGGUGAUUGAAGGCAUAUAUGUACUCCAUAUGGAUUGGUCUGUAGUUCUUUUUCAAUCCGUUAGUGAUUUUUGUCUGUGACUUAUCAUA